GGUGCCGGGACAGACAGCACCAUCGAACCAGUGUCGAACCGGCGCUCAUCGCACACGGAACGGGGUCACCAUCACCAGGCUUCACUGCUAAUUGUGUACUGACCAGUGUGCGGGGUACUAAAAACCCCCCGAGAAAGACAACCACACCGCAUCUUCGCGAAGGGAAAGGCACCACCCAACGGCACGGGGAGUGAAUUUUUGGGUGGACAAUAAUUUAUAGCCGCAUCGUUGUCGCGUCGAAUUAAUUUAUUAAAAAAGCGACCCGUUUUGAGGUGACCUUUUGCCCUUGGGCUGCGAAUAAAAAACGAUGGCCACAAGAAGGCAAUUGCUCACGCUGGUGCUAGUGAUCGGGUGCGUGAUGGCGCAAAGUGACGACAGUGACCAGCAGCGACCUCCAGCGGAUGGUCUCAGCCCACCAACACCAUCCGUCCCGAUCGCACCCGGUGAACGGCAAUUCCGCGUGGUGUACGAGUGGAAUGUGCUUGAUUUCGCUUUCACAAACGAGGACGAACGGGCGCACGCCCUAUACGGUGGCCAUUACAUCCCGAAAAACGUGCUCAUCUCCGAUUGCAAGCCGUUCGCGAACCGACUCUACCUAACCGUGCCCCGGAUGCUGCCGGGCGUUCCAGCAACGCUUGGGUACAUCGUGCGUCCGGAGAACAAUGGCCGCACCGAUCCGGAGAUCGUCCCAUUUCCGUCCUGGGAGAUGAACGAACGUGGCAACUGUUCCGCGUUUCAGUUCGUGCAGGGUAUCGCCAUCGAUAAGCACGGCAUCAUGUGGGUGGUUGAUUCCGGCCGCACCGAAACGCUAACACGUGGUACGGACCAUGUCGUGUGCCCUCCGAAGCUGCUCCUGCUGGACUUAAAGCGCAACGGAACGAUCGUACUGCGGUACCAGUUCCCGGAGUCGGUCGUUCCCGCUGGGAACAACUACCUCAACAAGAUCGUCGUCGAUGACGCGUUCGGUGGGUUCGCGUACAUCACCGACAAUAGUGGGGCCGAUCCGGGCAUUGUCGUUUUCUCCCGCCGACUCAUCCGCUCGUGGAAAGUGCGCGAAAACAAUUCGAUGCGAGCCGCCCGGAAUGCGGUCCGAUUCGCCGUCAACGGUACGGAGCUGAAUUUCUCGAUCCACAUCGACAGCAUCGCGCUUGGACCGUACUACAACCCGAACAUCGGUUCGGACCAACCCACCGCGGGUCAGGACACGCUCGUCAACAGCCAGAACUACGAGCGGAACGUGUACUACAGUCCACUGUCGAGCUAUCACAUUUACUCGCUGCCAGCGUCGCUUUUGCGUGAUCCUGAGUUCAACGCACGUGCAACCCCCAGGGACAUCCUUGAGGCGGUUGUCGACUACGGGCAGAAGCAGUCACAAACGGAUGGCAUGUUCAUGGACAACCAGGGCGUGCUGUACUUUGGGUUGCUCGGUGAACACGCCGUCGGUCGGUGGGACAGUUAUAAACCGUUUACGGCUCGCAACCAGCAGAUCAUCGCGAAGGAUCCUACCUUCAUUCAGUGGGUGGAUAGUAUGGGCAUCGACCACGAGGGAUACCUGUACGUGGUGGUGAACCGGCUGCAUAACUUCGUCGCUGGCCGGCUUAACCCGAUGGAGGUGAACUUCCGUAUAUUGCGCGGGAAAACGGGCGCUCUCAGCUACGUCUACACGCCGGAUAACCUGUUCAACAGCGACGGAAAGUAUCUGUACUCGGGUGCGUCCGGUGAACCGUUUGCCGACAAUGGGCUGGUGUACCAGUACGAGGGAACUACACCGGCUUCGAGUCGACUAGCAGCUGCCGGUAUCCUUGGAUCGGGCAAUGACGGGUCAAACAUGCUGCCGUACAUCACCGGACUGGUUCUAAGCGUCGUAGCAAGCGUCAUCGGGCGCCUGACCUGGGCCUGGUGAUGUUAGUUUAACCGAACAAACCGAGAAGGUCACCAUCGCGCGUCACAUCCGAUCCGGUUGCGACACCGGAAAUGGCCGGAUAUGGAACGCGCGAACCGCGCGAUAAGGUAACCGUUAGCAAUUCUUCCGUAUCAGUAUUUGUAUAUAGUCGAGCUUAAGUGUAAAUACGCGACGCGUGUGCUACCCGUUCUUGGAUUUCAUGUUGAUUUUAACGAGCAACCGCUUCGGACGAAUAAAGAUUGUUAUUUUUUACGACAA